AUGGAUGUCUUGCAAGGCCUCACCACCGCUAGGCACAGCAACAAGGCCGAGUCUGUCUUGACCCAGCUGCUAGAUGGAACGACUGUUGACGAAGAUGGCUCGAUCCUCAUGGCGGUUUGGAAGGGCCUCGAUGCUGAUUACACUGCUGCUAAAGGUUACCGCUGGGCCAGCGCGAAGACUCAGCAACGACAAGAUCGCCACCUGGCAGAAUACCGCAAAUGGAUGACUCCCCUCCUAGCUCAAUCAAAUCCAGAGAUCCAAUUAGGCAAGGAGGUUGCGCCGGAAGCCAAUGACCGUUUUCUCUUUCCUUCGAGUGAUGAUAACAGGAUAUGCGAUCUCGUCUCAAAGUAUCUGAUCCUGGCUGCUGGUUCGCUCAGAUCUCGAAGUUCCGGAACUCGCCCUACAAUCAAGCCACUGAUUGGCCGUCGCUUCUCACUAUUGUUCUGGGUUAACCGCCUUUGCAACACACCUCCUCCCAGAUAUAUCUUGAUGAAUGGAACGAACGGGGCCAUGUACUAUGCGCUAGAGAAGUGGAAUCUACAAUCGUCUCGUCUUCCUAAGGUUUACUUCGGAAAGAAUGAGCUUGUUCAUCUUCUUGACUUUGAUAUGAGUACUACUACGGCUGUCGAGGUGGCUGAGGUACAUCAUCUUUCUUGGACGUUGGCUUGGGUUUGCGGUGUUCGCCCUUCAUCACUUGGAAGAGGAGAGCUGAACCCGGAGAGGUUCAUGAAAUUCAGAGACAUAUCAAUUACCCGUACAUACGAUUGCGAAGGCAAAUUCCAGGGCGGUUUUGUCUGCAAGACUACGUUUACCUAUGUCAAACAGAAGAAAACUCUCGACAAGAAUCAGAUCAAGUCUGCUGUUUUCCCGAUCUUCACUCCAAAUGACCCCCAAAACAUCCACCUUUCCCCCGUCUAUCGCCUCUUGGUGAUUCUACUUCGUCGUGGAUAUCUUGAGCAUUACACAUCUGUAGACGAGCUUCUUCGAGGAAAACACCACAGCAUUAAGAUCAAAGAAACGGCGCUAGACCUCCCUAUCUUCAUUAGAUCUACACCAGGUGGAAGGCAGCUUGACCUUGCUGGCAUAGCUGCGACAGCAAAGUCUUUCACAGAUUAUAUGGAAAAACGCACCCAUCAAACUGGAUAUCCUGAAGGCUCUACCAUGUAUGCUUGGAGGAGAGAAGCAGGUACAAAUAUCAGCCGCCACGCAACUAUUGAUAAGACUCGACAGUUCAUGUCGCACAAGCCCGGAUCGUCUACCUUUCAACUAUGGUAUGAGAAUGAAGUUUUUGACCUUGAUGUCUUUGCCAUCGCGUCGGGCGAGAAGCAAACCACCGGUAUCUUCAACGACACCAACUCUGCUGCGAUGCUUCGGGCUGAUAUAGUCAACCAGGCCCUGCAACGUAAAGCAGUAGUUGAUGCUUGGGUCGAGGAUCAGCCAUCCAUUCAAGAGCUUCGCCAAGACCCUUCCAUCGAUGGCAGGAGAAGAUUGAAAGUUGAGCUUCAACGUCUUCGGAGAUUGGGAUCGAGAGCCGUGAUUAAGCAGGCUCGACAGGAACAAGAAGCGAACCGAACGAUGGAAGACUUUACUGCUCGUGCUAGAGAAUUAAAGAAUCCUUCGAAGAUCUUCCUUCUUAUCAGCGAGCGUGCUAAGGAAGCCACCCAAACUGAUGCCCAAGGCUUCGAAAAUGAGGAGGAGAAUGAUGAAGAAGACGAGAUCAAUGAUGUUAACCGUUUUCGAGAUCUCGAAGAUGAUGUCAACGAUGUGGAAUAUGCACACCAAGAAACUAAGCUUAGGGGAUCCCCGGGAAAGGCCAAAGCUCUUGAGUCUUCCGACACCAUUGAGAUGGCAAGUGUCGGCGAGGGUGAAGAUGCUGAUACGCUAAUUCCGAUCAUUGGGCUGGUUCAGAGCUUCAUGGAAUACAUGUUGGAGAAGCGAUUGGCACCAAAUGAGCCACGCGCCUGCCAACUUUGUCAAGCCGACGUAUAUGUAACGCCUGAGCAUAAGGCUAAACUCUGGAAGAAUGCUGCCAUGCUUCAGCGCCAUGUUGACGGAACCUUUCACAAUGGCUAUUCUACCUGGAGCCGCAAAAUGUAUCACAUCCAUGUUGAUGGAGAGAUGUGGAGAUGUCCCUAUGGCUGCGAUAGACAGUACAAAACCAUGGAGGCUCUCACAAAGCACAUCAAGAAGCCAUGGACUGGGGAGAGGCGCAAUAUAACUACCCUUCAUGAUGAUAAAAAGCGUGAAGAUGGAUGGUAUCGCGAGGAUUGGGAAAGUAACGAUGUGCCACUUGAAAAACGCCAGGCACGCAAGAGGUACAGUGACUCCAGAUAUGAUGAAGAAACAGGACAUGUGCGAUUGCCCGAUCACGACUACCUCGAGCAAGGUGAAUACGAAGAAUUUGAACAGCCAACGCUACGAAUGCUAGGUAGUGGUGUGGUCGAGUAUGGAAGCAGAAGAGAGGAUUCCUUGGAAAGUCUUAAUGCUGAGCUCAACGCAGUGCUCCCGAAGGAGGAUCGCUCACUGAAGGACGAACUCGCCGCAAGAUGCGCGAUGCGGGAAGAGGCAAUGAAGAAUAUGAAGGAUGCUAAAGCUGCGAGAAUGUGA